AUGGAGGAAAUGCACGAGUAUGGCAUCUAUGCCAAUGAGGUGGACAUCGUCUUUGAUCACGAGGUGUUAUCUGACUCCAGUGACGAAGAUUAUGAACCAGCAAAUGGGAAUUUUAGGACAAGGUCAAAGGAUCUUACUAUAGCUCAAAGGCAACAGAUAUAUGAAGCACUGCUGGAGAAAAGCAACCGAGGAAAACUAAAGAGAAACACUACAAUUGAGGUUGCUGAAUUAUUUCAUGUCAAUCGACAUGCAGUGUGGCGUAUUUGGCCACAAGCACACUAA